UUUCCGAGGUACAAGUCAAAUCCGUCAAAUUACUUCGAAAUUUCAUCCGAAGUGAACCUAUUUUGAGAUUAAAUAAUUCACGUAGGCCGUAGCGAUCACUAUUUUUGUUUAGAUUUGCCGACACAUCGGGCUCUUGCUACAUUACUCUGAAUACAAUAUUUUAGAUGCCCGAAGAGGAAACUAAACCAUCUGCCAUUAACACUGAGAAGGAGCUGGACUCCGAUGCACUGGACAGACCAAAGAAACUCUUAACUGAUUACUUCCCCAGAAGUAGCCCACUACGGAAAGAAAUGAUUGAAAAGAUAAUACAAACUGAUGAAGUGGUCAGAUUAUUAGAUGAAAUUAUAUCCGAAAGCCCUCCAGAUGAUUACUGGUGCAAAAUGGCUGAAAAGAAACGUGUGGAGCUGGAAGAGGCAUUGGCAGAGAAUGAAAGACUGUUUAAAAUAAAAGAUGCUUUACUCCAACAGAAUAAAUAUUACAAAAUGAUGCUGGAAGAGGCUAACACAUUUAUUACUGUGUUUAAGGAAGUGGCAGAUGAUGCGGCCGAUGAUACUGGAAUAGAAUUAGAAGAGAAUGAUAGUAGCGAAUAAUUUAUUUAUCUAGUCCCUAAUCAUUAUUAAAUUACUGUUUUAGAUUAAGUACCUAAUUGAAUGAAUCUUUCGAUCAAUGUGAAUAUAUCAAUCUGUCUGUUCAAGAAUGCGAUAUUGACAAUAUCUUAUUGUUUUUACAUAAAUGUUUAAAUUCAUUUUGAAAGUUAGUGAAUGGAAAGUCGUCACUCAUAGAUUUUAUUUUUAUUAAAUUAACAAUAUCUAUUAGUGAUUA